CGAUUUCAAGGGGAAGCUCACAAAUUGGAAGGUUCAAAAGUCAUCAUGGCGACCAACUCGAAAGCCGUGCCUCCGUUCACGUUGGACAAGCCCCGCUACGACCAGAGCACGUACUUCGGUCGAUGGAAGCACUUCAAUGAGCUCGUCUCGCCCAGCGGGUUCUUGUUGUCCGAUGACGAAAUCGCCAAGUCCCAACAACUCAUCGACAACUUCAAGACGGGAACGUUGGCGCCAGGUCAAGUUCCUGACGCCGAUCUGUGGAAAGCCCGUCGAGUGGUGGAAACGGUGUUCCAUCCCCAAACGGGGGAGAAGUUGCCCGUGUUGUUCCGCAUGCCUGCGUUUGUGCCGGUGAACAUUCCCAUUUGCUCGGGCAUGAUCUUGGCUCCUCCCACGCUGUUCAACACUGUGUUUUGGCAAUGGAUCAAUCAAAGCUACAACGCUGGAUUCAACUACGCCAACCGCAACGCCAGUGGUGUCGACGACACCUCCGCCAUCGCCAAGGCGUAUGCUAGCGCCGUGGCCAUCUCCUGCGCCACCUCGGUGGGUCUCGGCAAGGCUGUCGAGCGUGCCUCCUUCCUUGCCCCCACCGUGCGCUCCGUGCUCUCCAAGACCGUUCCAUUCGUCGCCGUCGCCGCCGCCGGGGCUGGCAACGCGGUGUUCAUGCGCUUGAGCGAACUCACGGACGGGAUCGACAUUCUGGACGACGAGGGCGUGCCGCGCGGCCGGUCCCAAGAAGCCGGCAAGCAGUCGCUGACCCAAGUGGCGUUGACGCGCGUGGCGCUGCCCGUGCCAAGUACGUACAUACAUUCUACGUUUGUGUUCUUAUUUGGUUUUCUAAUCUACACACAUUCUUGCCGUUCUUUAUCUGUUUCUCUAGUCUUGCUGUUCCCGCCGUUCAUUUUGGAAGCCGUGAAGAAGGCAAACGCAUUGCCAAAGAACCGCUUUGGCCGCGUGUUCACUGAAAUCGGGAUAGUGACAUUGUGCAUCUGGGGCGCGUUCCCAGCCGCGAUUGCGCUGUUCCCUCAGUAUGGAUCGAUCCCUGCAUCGCAGGUGGAGCCUCAGUUCCAACACCUGAAGAACUCCAAGGGGCAGCCCAUCACCGAGUUUACGUACAACAAGGGCAUCUAAAGAGUGACAUGGGGGUGUGCCACGUCGUCGUCGUCAGAAUAAAAAUACACGUGAUGCUCUGUGUGUUUGUAUGGAACA